AUGGCGGUGGAUUUGCAAAAUGUGAUCUUGGACAACGGCAGCAAAUUCAUUCUUGAAUGCGGCCACAUGGCGAGGUUUCCAUGUCUAGUGGUGAUAGUGGACUUGGUUAGCGAUGAUGAUGUGUUCGAAUUGGACGAGGGCAAUGAUGGUCAGGUUGGGGUCUCGUCUUAUCCAGCCCGGAGAAACGCGGAUGCUCCUGGCCCGUCCAGGCUGGUGAGGCAGGACGCUGAUGGGAUGGCCAACGGGGCAACUCCUUCUGCCUCGUUAGUUGGGAUGUAUGUAGAAAUGGGUUUCCCGAAAGAGAUGGUAUUGAAGGCCAUCAAAGAGAUUGGGAAGAGGGACGAAAGUGCAGUGCUGUCACUACUUCUUGCAUAUACGGAAGAUGACGACUCAGUGGGUAGCUGCUCUACUUCUCGCCGCAUCCCCCAGCGUGUUGAAGAUGAUGAUGAUGAUGAUGAAGAAGAAGAUGAUGAUUUUGAUUUUGAAGACUGGGAUGAUGAUGUUGAUGCUGGCCAAAGGGAUCCUCACUCUGAUGGUUCUGGUGAUGAGGAGUUCCUACAAGAGAUGUCACAGUUGGACAAGCAAAUCAAGUCCUUAGUGGACAUGGGAUUUCCUGAAGAUGAAGCAAACAGAGCUCUUAGAAGAUGUGGUCUGGAUACCCCUAUGCAUGUACUGGUUGAUUCUAUCUAUGCAUCACAGCAUGACCCUGAGGUUAUGGAUGAGAAUCGCUUCAGUUCCUGUGUGGGGAGAAAGAAAGCAAGGUUCACAGAAGAUAGCAAGAAGAGGAAAAGAUACGGAGGUGGAGCACAUGGAAGUCAACCCCCAUGGGAUGGUGGUCAUGAAGAGUCAAUUUCUCUGCCAAAGCCAAUGGUGGGAUUUGGCCUACCUGGUGACCGACCACGGUCAGUGGGCAGAUGGCUUCCUGCACAUAGUAUGAGAGCACCUUUCUUCUAUUAUGAGAAUGUGGCACUUGCUACUAAAGGUGCCUGGGCAGAAAUUUCAAGAUCCCUAUAUGGUAUUGAGCCAGAGUUCGUAGACUCGAAGUACUUCUGCGCAGCGUUAAGGAAACGGGGUUACAUCCAUAACCUCCCAACUGAGGGAAGGGACCAUACCAGGGGAGCCAGCAAGAAAAAGAGAGACAAAUGCCUUGGAAAUUCAUUCCAAGUCGAUACUGUUGCUUUUCAUCUGUCAGUGCUGAAGGAUAGGUUUCCAUGUGGUAUGAACGUGCUGUCCCUAUUCAGUGGUAUCGGAGGAGCAGAGGUUGCCCUUCACAAGCUUGGCAUACGGAUGAAGACCGUGGUUUCUGUGGAAAUCUGCGAAGCGAGUAGGAACAUCUUGAGAACUUGGUGGGAUCAGACUCAGGAUGGCACUCUGAUAGAGUUUCGUGAUGUGCAGUCUCUCACGCAUGAAAAAAUCGCAUCACUUAUCAGACAACUUGGUGGCUUUGACUUGGUGAUCGGGGGAAGCCCAUGUAACAACCUUGCCGGCAGCAACCGGCACCACCGUGUUGGCUUGGAGGGCGACCAGUCUGUGUUGUUUCGUGACUAUGUUAGAAUCUUGAACUCUAUCAAGUCGAUUAUGGCGAAUGGUUGGCAAUGUUGCUCUGCUCCUUUGCAGAGCCUGGGAGAGCAGGGGGAAGGGCUGGCAAUCUGCUGCAAAGUCAAAGUGCGCAUGGAAAGCAUGGAUCGGAUAAUGGGUACUUCUAAUUUAUUCGCAGAAUCCAGUGGUGAUGGGAGUUGUGCUGUGCCAGAUCGUGCGAAGGAAGUUGCCUUAUGUCGCUCUAGAGAUUCGUUCAUACUACGGCUGUUCAUGUCGAUCCAGCUUGAGAUUCUCGACACUUUGCCUGGACGAAGUUACCUCCAGGAGAAAGGCAAGGGCGACGGGUGGAGACGAGAAAGAAAGGAUCACAUGUCGCUCCUCAAAGGCAUCAUGGAGGGUGCCGAAAGGCUGGAGAAUGUGACGAAGAUGUGUGCACCAUAG